AUGACAGAAUCAAAAGCUUGGGUAUUCUCAGAGCGAGGUCUACCGUGGGACGUCCUCAAUCUUAGAAGUCAACCUAUUCCAACUUUACCACCUCCUCUUCCCCUACCAAAGGACGUGCCGAACCCAGAAGAAUGGAUUGUUGUCAAAGUGGCCUUUGCAGGCUUGAAUCCAGGUGCCAUAUUCCAGAUGACUCUCGUUCCACCUUUUAUUCGAAAGCCAACUUGUGUUCCUGAGAUGGACUUCUCAGGCACAGUGAUCGAUGUCUGGCAUCAUGAUGAUAAAUCUGGAUCAGCACAGUCGAAAAGAUUCAAUAAGGCUGACAAGGUUCUUGCUAUGCUACCAGCUAGCCAUACUCUGCCUACCGGAACAGGUGCUUUGGCUGAAUAUGUCAGGAUUCCAGCUAGAUAUGCUGUGAAGAAACCAGAGGGCGUGAGCUUUGCUGAUGGAGCUGGUUGCUUACUACCAGGCUUGACAGCCCGACAACUUGUCAACGAGUCAGCAAGCGGUGGAAUCGGCUCUCUGGUGGUGCAAAUGCUUCGAAAGGUUGUAGGGCCUGGUGGAUAUAUCGUUGGCAUAUGCAGCGGGACGAAUGUCGAGUUGGUCAAAAGCCUUGGCGCUGAUGAGGUUAUCGACUAUACUCAGCAUGACCCCCUUUCCAACCACCUCACUGAAAAGUUCUCUUCAAAUCCCUUCAAUACCAUCAUCGACACCCUAGGCCACCAAGCCCUAUUUCUCGCCUCACCAUCCUAUCUCGUAGUCGAUGGCAACUAUUCCUCCGUCGGCAUCAAACCACCUACCUUCUUUGUCCCAGACUUCCUCCGCGCUGUGCUGCAGAUGAAGCUCAACGAAUGGUGGCCAGUAUCACCAUGGCUCGGUGGUGUUGGACGAAGAUGGCUGGGUACUUCCAUGAUGAGCCCUACGCUUGAGGACCGUCAAGCUGUGGCUGAUAUGUUGGGCCGUGGCGAUAUAAGACUGGUCAAAGAUAGUAUUUGGCCGUUUGAGGAGACCAAGGAGGCUUAUAGGAAGCUGGGCGGACUUCAUGCUAGGGGCAAGAUUCUUGUGAAGGUAGAUGAUCAAGUUGGCGAUGAUGAUUGUUAG